AGGAGGAGGGCUGGGGCUGUGCUGGGUGACAUCAGUGGGUUUGGCUCCGGGGCUCAAUGGAAACUGGGUGAGCGCCGGGCUGCGCCGAGCACACGCCGGCUGGAGGGGACGGCGAAGCGGGCGGGGAGGCGGCAGGCAGCGCCUCGCCUCGCCUCGCUCAAGCUGAGCUGAAGGAGGGACCGCAGCCGGGGCUACGGCAGCCGCCAGCCCUCCCCAAUCCUCCGUCAUCCUCCCCUCAGCCGCCGCCGGGCCCCCUGACAGCCGGCGGAGCAGCAGCCCCACACGGCCCCCUUCCCGCCUGGCACGCCUGAGCCAUGGAGCUUCGAGUGGGGAACAAGUACCGGCUGGGCAGAAAGAUCGGCAGCGGUUCGUUCGGAGACAUUUACCUAGGAGCCAACAUUGCAACUGGUGAAGAGGUGGCCAUCAAACUGGAAUGUGUCAAAACCAAGCACCCCCAGCUCCACAUCGAAAGCAAGUUCUACAAGAUGAUGCAAGGAGGAGUGGGCAUCCCCUCCAUUAAGUGGUGUGGAGCAGAGGGGGACUAUAACGUGAUGGUGAUGGAGCUCUUGGGGCCGAGCCUGGAAGAUCUCUUCAACUUCUGUUCCCGCAAAUUUAGUCUCAAGACAGUUCUGCUCCUAGCAGACCAGAUGAUUAGCCGUAUCGAGUACAUUCAUUCCAAGAACUUCAUCCACCGGGACGUGAAGCCAGACAAUUUCCUUAUGGGGCUUGGCAAAAAAGGCAACUUAGUCUACAUCAUUGAUUUUGGCUUGGCCAAGAAAUACCGAGACGCCCGGACCCACCAGCACAUCCCUUACCGGGAAAACAAGAACCUGACCGGCACAGCCCGUUACGCCUCUAUCAACACCCACCUGGGAAUCGAACAAAGCCGUCGCGAUGACCUGGAGAGCCUGGGCUACGUGCUCAUGUAUUUCAACCUGGGCUCACUGCCCUGGCAGGGCCUCAAGGCUGCCACCAAGCGCCAAAAGUACGAGAGGAUCAGCGAGAAGAAGAUGUCAACGCCCAUUGAGGUGCUCUGCAAAGGGUACCCUUCUGAGUUCUCAACAUACCUCAACUUCUGCCGCUCGCUGAGGUUUGAUGACAAACCCGACUACUCCUACCUGCGGCAGCUCUUCCGCAACCUCUUCCACCGCCAGGGCUUCUCCUACGACUACGUCUUUGACUGGAACAUGCUUAAAUUUGGAGCAGCCCGAAACCCCGAAGACAUGGAUCGGGAGCGGCGAGAGCACGAGCGAGAAGAGAGGAUGGGGCAGCUGCGGGGGUCAGCCACGCGAGCACUGGCCCCUGGCCCACCCGCCGGAGCCACUGCCAACCGUCUCCGCAAUGUCACAGAGCCCAUGGCCUCCACCCCCACCUCCCGAAUCCAGCAGUCUGGAAACACGUCCCCCAGAGCAAUCUCCAGAGUGGACAGGGAGAGGAAGGUCAGCAUGAGGUUACACCGAGGAGCUCCCGCCAACGUCUCCUCAUCCGACCUCACAGGGCGGCAAGAAGUGUCACGGAUUUCAGCGUCACAGACAAGUGUGCCAUUUGAUCACCUUGGGAAGUGAGGAGCAAUUGCCACUGGACCAGUGUUUGCUUAGUGUCUUCACUGUAUUUUUCUUUUAAAAAACAAAAAAUCAAAAAAAAAAAAC